AUGGUUGAUGCUACAGAGUUCGGACCUCGUGCGCCAGCAAUGGACGGUUGCGCAUUCGAGCAGUCAACCCUGAUCCAAUGUACUAUCGGCACUGGCCCUGAGAUUCCCAUGUCCAGCACUGAGUGCCUCAACCUCAACAUUACUGCUCCAUCCCUUCCCAGUGGUAUGAGUAUUGCCGUCCCGGUGAUGGUCUUCGUACAUGGCGGUGGAUUCAUCAUGGGCGCAAACUCCUGGCCGCAGUACGAUCCAGCGCGUCUAGUCAGAAUGAGCGCAAAACUUGGCACCCCAGUUAUCGUCGUCAACGUGAACUACCGUCUAGGUGCCCCAGGAAACCUGACGAGCGAGGAAUUGAGGAAAGCUGGAUACCCUGGGAACAACAGUUUGAGGGAUCAAAGAUGUGCGUUGCAGUGGGUUAGAAAGCACAUCGGUGCAUUCGGAGGUGACGCGGAUAACGUUACCUUGUUUGGUGAGAGCGCUGGUGCUGUCUCGGUGUUGCAUCAAUUGAGUUCCAAAGAGCCAUUGUUCAGACGUGCGAUAAGCAUGUCGGGAACACCGAUCAUGCUCAAGCCACUAUCACCGUCUGUUGCUGAGAGAUCAUAUAACGCCAUCGUGCAAAAACUAGGCCUCACGCACGUUUCGACCCAGGAACGUAUCAAUAGUCUUAUUGCCAUGAGUCCGGAGGAACUUGUUGAAAAGACUCCAAUGGAUAUGCCACUUCUACCUUACAUCGAUGGCGAUAUUCUCUCAGAAGCAGCCACAUUCACGCAACUUUCGACCGAUACACUCCAGAGUCUGAACAACAGCUGGUGCGAAGAGUUGCUGAUAGGAUCAUGUGCUCAUGAUGGCAAUGUCUUCUUCUUCAUGGGCCUUCCGAAUGAUGGGUCGGCGUCGGCGAUCCAUUCAUCCUUCUCUCGCAAUCUUCCUACGUCUGUCACCCAAGCCGUCUUAUCAGCAUAUGGCGUUACACCUUCAACCCCUGAUGAUGAGGCCAUGUCCUCCAUCGUCAAUUUAGCGACAGACAUUGCGUACCGUCUCCCUGCAAAGUACUACGCUCGCGCAUUCAAAGGGAAGGUUUCCUCCUACUUCUUCACCGAGCCAAAUCCUUGGCAAGGCAGGUUCGAGGGCAAAAGUACGCAUAUGUUGGAUGCGGCGUUCUUGUUCCAGAACUUCGAAGAAAACCUUCCUGUUGAGGCGAAGAAGACGGCUCGAAGAUUAGCUGAGGACUUCAUAACUUUUGUGCAUGGACAGGCUGGUAGUGCAUGGGCAGAAGGAAGGACCAAGGUUUAUGGGCCAGAAAUUGAGGAAGGAAAUAAACUGGAAAAUGUCGAUCUAGAUUGUCUGAGCGCGGCGUGGGACAUGUUCGUUUCCGGCUCCGGCAUCGGCGAAGCAGUAGCAACCCACCUGUACAGCAAAGGCUAUAAAGUCGUCAUCGCAGACCUGAAUCCAUCAUCAGGCGAACGUGUAGCCGCAAGCCUUGGCCCCGACGCGAUUUUUCACCAAACCGAUGUUUCCUCCUAUAAAUCGCAAGCACAGCUCUUCAAGCGCGCUUACGAAUGGGGUGGCAACCGUCUGGACUUUUGCCAUGCAAAUGCUGGUAUCGACGAUAGACAGAACAUCUUUGAGGAUAUGGACAAGGAAGAGGUGGAUGAAGAAGGUCUGGUGAAGAAGUUGAAUACGAAGACUAUGGAGGUCAACCUCGAGGGCGUGAUGCAGGGAUUGUGGCUGUUCAAGUAUUAUGUUAGAAGAAGCAAGGAGGCAGGUGGUGGGAAGGGUAAAUUCGUCGCCACGAGUAGUGCGGCCGGUUUAUAUUCCAUGAUACAAUGCCCCCAGUACACAGCCAGCAAGUAUGGCGUGGUGGGUCUGUGCCGCGCCUCUGGACCCGUAUUCGUCAAGGAGGGCAUCACAGUUAACGCAAUCUGCCCAGCCUUUAUUCCAACAAACCUCUGUCCUCCAGAAGUCGCAAAGCGCUGGCCUAAAGAGCACAUUACGCCUUUGUCAACAGUGAACAAGGCUAUUGAUGCUUUUUUAGCAGAUGACACAUUGACCGGCCAGGCUGUAGAGUUGUCUCAAGAGAAUAUCUAUUUUAGGCAGCCGGUCGAUUACCCGAACGAAAGCCAGCGGUGGAUUGGCGAGGAGAGUGAUAAGAUCUGGAAUUUAGGCUACCAGGAACCACCAAAGAGGCAAGGAUACUGA